CGCUGCUUUCCAGGGACACUGCCCUCCGCGAGGGAAGCCCCAGGCCGGCGGCCGCAGGGACAGGAACUAAACUUAAAGUCAUGUCCCAGGGCUUGGUGACAUUUAGGGAUGUGGCUGUAGAUUUCUCCCAAGAGGAGUGGGAAUGGCUGAACUCCAUGCAGAGGAGUUUGUAUAGGAAGGUAAUGUUGGAGAACUACAGGAACCUGGCAUCACUCGGCCUCUGUGCUUCUAAGCCUGAUAUGAUCUCCUCAUUGGAGCAAGGACAAGAUCCCUGGAUGGCAAGAAGAAAAAGGACAGGAAGCCGGCACCCUGAUUUGAAGGCUGUGUGUGAGACCAAGGAGUUACUUCCAAAGGCGGACUCAUCUGAGGAAAAGUUAUCCCAGGCAGCUGGAACAGAGAGGUUCACAAACUACAGUCUGGAGUACUCUCUGCUGGGGCAGUGCUGGAAUUACGAUGCUCUGUUUGAGACGCGGCCAGGCGUGGUGACCAUCGAGAACAUGGCCGUUGACUUCACCCCGCAGCGGGAGCCAGUGCAGAAGAGUUUCUGUAGGACUGUGCCGUGGGAGGGCCGUGGUGGCCUGGGACCCCUAGGCCACUGUGUUUCUAAGCCAGAUUUAGCGGCUUCUCUGGAGCCAGGGAAGGAGCGCUGGGUGAUGCAGAGAGAACUGACAGCAGGUCUGUUCGCAGGUCAACAAUCUGUACAUGAGGUCCAGAAGUUAUUUCUAAAGCAGAGCUCAUAUGCUGAGGUGGUCACAGACAGAACAUCAGGCACUAAACUUGAGUGUUCCGCUUUCCGAGAAAAUUGGGAUUCUGAGUGUGUGUUUGAGCUAGCAGAUGAAGAGACACAACUCAGGCAAGAAGCUGCUUUUUAUAACAGAGCUCUCCCAAAAGGGAGAGAGCACGUGUAUAACAAGUCUGGAAGAUGGUUCCAUUUGGACAGUUCAGAAGAAAGACUUCCUAGUGGCAUUUCAGGUAGAAGUUUCAGAAAAACCUCAGUGGUAAUAAAACAGACAGGAAUCUAUGUAGGAAAAAAGCUUUUCAGGUGUAAUGAGUGUAAGAAAACUUUUACCCAGAGCUCAUCCCUUACUGUCCAUCAGAGAAUUCACACUGGAGAGAAACCCUACAAGUGUAACGAGUGUGGAAAGGCCUUUAGUGACGGUUCCUCCUUUGCCCGACAUCAGAGGUGUCACACGGGCAAGAAGCCCUAUGAGUGUGUAGAGUGCGGAAAAGCUUUCAUACAGAACACAUCCCUUAUCCGUCACUGGAGAUACUACCACACAGGGGAGAAGCCCUUUGACUGCGCUGAUUGUGGGAAGGCCUUCAGCGAUCAUAUAGGGCUUAAUCAGCACAGGAGGAUUCACACCGGAGAGAAACCUUACAAGUGUGAUGUGUGUCACAAAUCCUUCAGGUAUGGCUCAUCCCUCACUGUACAUCAAAGGAUUCAUACCGGAGAAAAACCGUAUGAGUGUGACGUUUGCAGGAAAGCCUUCAGCCAUCACGCAUCGCUCACGCAGCAUCAAAGAGUACAUUCUGGGGAGAAACCUUUUAAGUGUAAAGAAUGUGGCAAAGCUUUUAGGCAGAACAUACACCUUGCGAGUCACCUGAGGAUCCACACGGGGGAGAAGCCCUUCGAGUGCGGGCAGUGUGGGAAGUCCUUCAGCAUCAGCUCCCAGCUCGCCACUCACCAGAGGAUCCACACAGGAGAGAAGCCCUAUGAGUGCAAGGUUUGCAGCAAAGCCUUCACCCAGAAGGCCCACCUCGCCCAGCAUCAGAAGACUCACACAGGAGAAAGGCCGUAUGAAUGUAAGGAGUGUGGGAAGGCCUUCAGCCAGACUACGCACCUCAUCCAACACCAGAGGGUUCACACUGGAGAGAAGCCCUACAAGUGUGUGGAGUGUGGGAAGGCCUUCGGUGAUAACUCAUCCUGCACUCAGCACCAGAGACUGCACACUGGCCAGAGGCCUUAUGAGUGCAUUGAAUGUGGGAAGGCCUUCAAGACAAAGUCAUCGCUCAUCUGUCACCGCAGAAGCCACACCGGAGAAAAACCGUAUGAGUGCAGUGCGUGUGGCAAAGCCUUCAGCCAUCGCCAGUCCCUGAGUGUGCAUCAGAGGAUUCAUUCUGGGAAGAAACCAUACGAGUGCAAGGAGUGCAGGAAAACUUUUAUCCAAAUUGGACACCUCAACCAACACAAGAGAGUUCAUACUGGAGAGAGAGCCUAUGCCUACAAGAAGAGCAGGAAAGUCUUCAGGCAGACUGCACACUUUGCCCACCACCAGCGGAUUCACUCUGGAGAGUCAUCCGCUUGUCCCUCAUUGCCUUCCACAUCAAGUCCUGUGGAUUUGCUCCCCAAGUUUCUCUGGAACCCACCCUCACUCCCAUCAUAGUCUCCAGACAUUGUCAUUUCACAUGCCCUCCAGCCAUUCACAAACGCUUUGUCCUUCUAUUUUGGUCCUUGACAGAUUUGUUCUUCACAUUACAGUCAGGCUGAGUUUCUCAGUGUAAAUGUAAUUCACUUAUAUAAAGCUUGUAUUGUGGUCCUCUCCCUUUGUUAAUGCAUAGCAUGUGCCCCGCACAAUGCCUGGUCCAUACUAAGUGUCCAGUAAACUUUGUUCUUUUAAAAACAUUA